CAUAGAGCACAAGAUAGCGCAGUGGUGUACGGCCCCCACCCUGCCCUGCCUGCUGCCUGAUAACACAGAGGAGGGGAAUAACAAGUCCACAGAGCCCCAAAACCAUUUCAACUCGUCUUCUUCAGACAGCACAGAGAUUAUUCCGUAUCUUCAUAAUAAUUAAUGUUCGUGGUUUAUGGAGCAAUACAAUGGUAGACUAGACGACAUCUCUGUUGCCCAUGUAGACACUUCAAAGUCUUUCUGGAGAAGCAGCAACAGUUUAUCCCCUGGUGCUCGGUGCAAUGCUGUCAAAGAAGGAGAGAGCGCUCAUCAAAGAAAUAUGGGAGAAGUUGACUCCUGAAGCCGAACGCAUUGGAUCAGAGGCUCUUCUUAGGAUGUUUGUCUCAUAUCCAGGCAGCAAGACUUACUUUUCCCACUUGGACAUCAGUCCCGGAUCCGCCCACCUGCUUUCCCACGGGAAGAAGAUUGUCCUGGCCAUUGCCGAGGGAGCCCAAGAUAUUAGCCAGCUGAUGGUCACCCUGGCACCUCUGCAGACUCUACACGCCUACCAGCUCCGGAUAGACCCAUCCAACUUCAAGCUGUUUUCACACUGUAUGCUGGUCACCCUGGCUGCCUAUAUGGGCGACGAAUUCACUCCGAUUGCACACGCGGCGAUGGACAAGUACCUGUCAGCGUUCGCGGCUGUGCUCGCCGAGAAGUACAGAUGAGACUGAACUGCAUUGUUCCUGAGGCGUGUAUGAGAGAAUUCUCAUGCUAUGCCUUUAUACUUUUUGUUUCUUUAUAUGGUAUAAUGUAUUGUUUUGUUAUAAUAUAAAAAUAGCAUUCACAUUCACUGUUGAUAUCUAUCUCCACGUCUGUUUCUUUAUUGUAGACACAAAGAAGUCCUAUUUACAGACUCGGCAAACAUCAUGUCGGUCAUGCACACUUGUACAUUUGAUUGUUCUUGCAUGGCUCAAGCAAACUGUGUGACAAUUCAUGUUAACCAUUACAGAGGGAAUGGAAUCACAGGUGGAGAGAAGAUAUAAGAAGUUAAUAUUUCAAAGUCUAGGGUAGCUUUUAAUAAAUAUUGGAUUUGUAAGGUUUCAAACUUGAAUCUAUCUUGCUAGAAAUACAACACAAACUGCACCGUGACUUAUAUUUACUGCAUCAGGAGCACCGUCAGGUAAAAGGUGUGAUAUAACAGGAAGGGAAUUCCCAAUGAUACAAUUAAAUGAAUUUUGAAAUAUUGAGACAAAAACUCUUAUGUUGCAUCAAUUUGUUUAUUACACGGGGAAAUCAUCUUUACAAUUUGACCCACUAUACCAGGAAUGACAAAUACAUUUUAUUUCAGGGGCCUCAUACAGCCCAAUUUCAUCGUAGGUGGGCCAGACUGACAAAAUAUUGCCACAAUAGCCUUCAAAGUUAAAGGUUAAUGUUUUUCUUUGUCGUGGCACAGUGUAUACAUGAAGAAAUAUUUAUGUUAUCCCGAAAAUCAAACACGUACAACUGAAGAUUUGUAUGAUCUUGACAGAAAAAAAAAGUCAGUUUUAAUGAUACCUUCUGGUGCAAAAUAUCGUGAAACAA